ACCAGAGCCACCGUGAUCUAGAGUCAGGAGGGGGGAGAAGGAAGGAGAUGGCCGACUAGGAGACACUGAUAUCUGUGCUACUUCGUCGGCGAGAUACCUCUAAUAUAAGACAUUUUCACGGCUGAAGUAGGAAGAGGACGUUUUAGACACUUCGUUCCUCUUCCACAAUGGCGGAACAAAACAGCAACGUCAGAUAUCAGGAGCUGGUAAAUGAGGAGGAGCCGGCUCAACCUUCCCAGGAGGGUCCGGCCCAGGAUGCACCACCUCCCUACAGCAGCAUUGCUGCAGCAAAUGCAGCUUUCUUUGAAUACAAAGAAGAUGGAGGAAGAUUCCCCAACCCUCCAUCCUACAAUGUUGCCACCACUUUGCCCUCCUAUGAUGAAGCUGAGAGAAGCAAAGCAGAGGCUGCCAUCCCCCUGGUCACCGGAAGAGUCACGGAGGAAGACUUUGUGGCCAGAGAUGACUUUGAAGAUGUUGACCAGCUGCGAAUAGGAAAUGACGGCAUCUUCAUGCUCACUUUCUUCAUGGCAUUCCUCUUCAACUGGAUUGGCUUCUUCUUGUCAUUCUGUUUGACCACAUCAGCCGCCGGUCGAUAUGGCGCCAUCUCAGGCUUCGGUCUGUCCCUCAUCAAAUGGGUUCUCAUCGUCAGGUUUUCUACCUACUUCCCUGGUUACUUUGACGGGCAGUACUGGUUGUGGUGGGUGUUCCUGGCUCUGGGCUUCAUGCUGUUCAUCAGAGGAUUCGUUAACUACUCCAGAGUGCGUAAAUUGGCUGAUCCCACUUAUGCCACUCUUCCACGAACAAGGGUACUCUUCAUCUAUUAGAGGAUGUGGAAGAACAGGACAUAAAGAAGAAGAAGAGUUUGAAACUAAAGCGAAGACACUUGACCAGAAAUCGACAAGUUCUAGACGAUGACGACGACUCAAGACAAUAAGAUAUUCAGGAAUUAUAUCACUUGUUUUAUUUUGUUUUGAAACUUUAUUAAUGGAGUUAAAGGUUAAUGAUAAUAGUCCCUCAAUGUACUCAUUAGUGGCGAAUGUUAAGUGCUAUUUACAUCUGUCUGUAAUGUAUGAGUAAUGCCUUAUAUCAUUUGAUGGUAGCAUAUGAGCAUGCAUCUGCCCUUAACGACAAUAAAUAGGGAGAGUUUCAUGUUGGCGACACUCGAAGCCAGCAGGUAUUAAUUAGUACAACACUCUGUAGACUUGCCAUAGCAUGCAGCACACUUUGUAAUCUGCACUAAUCUCACGUCAUGGUUCUAUUAGGCUGUUUUUAGAUACUGCGUACACUUAAAAAGCAAGCUUUCAUUCAGCAGAAUGCUAAUAUCUGCAUUACCACAUGCUGUGCUUCACUCACCUGUUGGCUUUAGGAGGUGUUGCCUGUUUUUUUUUUUUUUUUGCCAGGAGAGGGCAGUGUAGUCUGCAGCUUCUCAGCCAUUAGAAACUGUUCAUGAAGGGGCAUUGUCAUAGUAAAACAUACUCGCUUGUGAUUCAAACACAGUGUCAGUGGAACACACCAAAAUUGCAAGAGUUUGCCUGUUAAAUGUUUUUGUUAUACAUUAAAUCGGGUGAAACCAUCCAGCACGGAAGCAGAAUUCAAGUUACAGAUUUUGGUCUUAGAAGCAUUUUUUUAAACAUAGACGAGCAGAAACAGCCAGAAACUGGAUGACCACAAAUGUCAAGUGACAAACCCUGGAGCUGCUCUGUUGACAGCGAGGGGAUGCUGAAUUUUUGGACAGUGAUAGCUGAGGACUCUGAUAAUAAGUCAAAUCACAUCAAAUCAAGAUGUUUUAUGGGUGUAUGAGCACAUUUCCUGUUCCAUGUCCUUAAUUUAAAACAUUUCAUUCAUUUCGAUGUAACUGUGUGACCUCUCCGUGACUCCUCAGGGAGCCACUCAACAUCCCGUUCAAUGUCAUUGGAGAAGCUCUGUGAUUAUAGAAGAGAGUGUUGGCUGUCUGGACUCCAGCUGUUAAUGAGCUCACUCUGACAUUUGGAUCACAUUAUCUAAGAGCAUAAAAAUAACUUAAAUUCCACUUCCAGGUGGGGUUUUGCCUUAAGAUUUAAUGGAUAGGGAAGUGUUUUUGUUUUUUUUUUUCUAAGAAAAUUCUUCAUCCUGUGUAAGAAGUUAGCUAUCUUGUGGGUAUCAACUAUAUCAAAGAAUGUUGUAUGCAGGUGCACUUUUAGAAACAUAACCAAUAAAGCCCAGAGGAAGUUCCCAUCAUUCUAUUCAGUCACGUAAACAACCAAGUGAAGCAGGAUGUUGUUUCUGUUUUAUAUUAAUAGCAAAUGGAAUCACCAGUUAACUUUAUAUUUCUGUCAUGGCUUUGAUUACAGACCAGUAUGCUUAUUUCUAUGUGAUGUAGAGCUGCAACCUUUGGGGAUUUUGUUGUUAUGAAAUUGUACAGAAAAUGUUUAGUGUUCAAUAAAUGUCACUUUCAAUGCGUC